ACUAAACUGAAAGUACCUUGUUUUGUGCCUGUUUUUCGCUCUUAUUCUUGCAAGUUCCCAUGGCUUUUCUCUGACUCUUUAACUUCGCCUUACUGUGUCUGUGAUGAACGGACACCUCGAGGUUCUUAUUUUCGGCAAAUGUCGAUGCUCUGGCACUGAAGAAACGUAUCACUGAAAUCGUUUGCAUGUUUCUUUCUGGAAUUUGAACUAGUUGAGCUUCGGUUGCUAUUUUCUGUCUAGGAAUUGGAGCUCAUUCUCGUUUGGUGUUGGUUUGUUGCUGAUUAGUUGCUGCUGGUGGCAUUGCUGAUUGUUAUGGUGUGACACUUCAGAGGAACCCCAAUUGAGUUAAUUGUAUUACAAACAUUUGUGCUGUAAUGCUAAAUGUGAAUUUACACCCAGAAUUUGCAAAUAGCUUCUGCCCUGCCCCUCUGCGUGUUUGGCAAGCUUUUCCUAAGACAUGCGGUCGUGGUGGGGAAAGUCUUCUUCCAAAGAGGCGAAAAGGAAGGAAAACAAGGAAAGUAUUAUUCACACCAUACAGCGGAAAUUAAAGAAUGCUUCCGAAGAGAAAUGCAAUAAUAAAUCUGAAAGAUCAAGGAGAUAUCGUGAUGAUGCCAUCUCCAAAAAGGGAUCUAGAUCUCUUGUACCUUCAAGAUCACCAUCACCCUCUACACAUGUAUCCCGAUGUCAAAGUUUUGCAGAAAGGCCUCUCUCUCAACCACUUCCAUUACCAGGGUCACAUCUUUCGGAUGCCAUUGGUGCAAAUGCUGGGGUUAUUUUAACAUCAAAACUUGAUAGAGCCAUAAACUCAAAGCCAUCUCUAUAUUUUCCCCUUCCAAUACCUGGUUUUGUUUCAAACAAGGAAGACGCUACUGAUAUGGAAGGAGAAAUAGCCACUGCAUCUGUUUCUAGUGAAAGCUCAGUUGAUAGUGGCAACUCAUUUGAUUCGCCGCAUUUUGUUAGCCCUCUGGCUUCUGAUUGUGAAAAUGGAAACCGAGCAACCAUUAAUAGUUCUUUCAGUCUGGUGCACAAGAACCAACCACUUAUUACUAUACAAAGAAACUCAAGAACAUUCUCAAAACCAAGUCCUCAGUUGUGCAAUAAUAAGCCAUUGUCUACCUCACCAAGAGGGGUUCCAUUAUAUCUGCAAAAUCUGCAAGUGGCUCGCCCAGGUGGUUUGUGUAGUGCUCCAGGUAGUUCAAUAUCAAGUCCUAGAAAUCCAACGGGAGCUUUUGGUCCUGAACAAAUGUUGAACUCUGAAUUACAGACAAGAAAGCCUUAUCCAGAUAUAGCUUCUGGGCACUCCUAUAGUCUGGUUUCAGGCCGUAAUUCUAGCCAUAUUUCAGUUGGUGGGGAUCUUUCGGGACAGAUGAUUUUGCCUCAAAACAGGUGUAGCCCUGAGUGUUCUCCAAUAGUUAGUCCCAGAAUGACAAGCCCUGGUCCCAGUUCCAGGAUACAGAGUGGUACUGUGACCCCUCUGCAUCCCAAAGCUGGAGGAACUGCAGCAGAAGCACAUACAAGACGCCUUGACGAUGUGAAGCAAAAGAAUCAUCAGUUACCACUUCCUCCAAUAACAGUUACUAAGCCGUGUCCAUUUUCUCCAACCUAUUCUGCAUCAACAACUCCUUCAGCCCCUCGUAGUCCUGCCGGAUCAGAAACUUCGAUAAGCACAGGUUCGCGCUGGAAAAAAGGACAGUUGCUUGGAAGGGGAACAUUUGGACAUGUAUAUCUUGGUUUUAACAGAGAAAGUGGUGAGAUGUGUGCGAUGAAGGAGGUAACCCUUUUUUCAGAUGAUGCUAAAUCAAGGGAAAGUGCACAGCAACUUGGCCAAGAAAUUGCAAUGCUUAGUCGGUUGCGGCAUCCAAAUAUUGUUCAGUAUUAUGGAUCUGAGACGAUCGAUGACAGACUUUAUGUAUACUUGGAGUAUGUCUCCGGUGGGUCAAUCUAUAAGCUGGUUAAGGAAUAUGGCCAGUUAGGUGAAAUUGCAAUUCGCAAUUAUACUCGACAAAUUUUGUUAGGCCUCGCAUAUUUACACGCCAAGAACACUGUUCACAGGGACAUUAAGGGAGCAAACAUAUUGGUGGACCCUAAUGGGCGGAUAAAAUUGGCAGAUUUUGGGAUGGCAAAGCAUAUAAGUGGUCCAUCUUGUCCAUUUUCUUUCAAAGGAAGUCCUUACUGGAUGGCACCUGAGGUUAUAAAAAAUUCAAAUGGUUGUAAUCUUGCGGUUGAUAUAUGGAGUCUGGGAUGCACUGUUUUGGAGAUGGCGACAACAAAACCUCCUUGGAGCCAAUAUGAAGGGGUUGCUGCUAUGUUUAAGAUUGGGAACAGCAAGGAACUUCCGACAAUUCCAGAUCAUCUUUCAGAAGAUGGAAAAGAUUUUGUAAGGCUUUGUUUGCAAAGGAAUCCUCAAAAUCGUCCCUCGGCUGCUCAACUUCUAGAGCAUUCAUUUGUUAAAAAUGCUAUGCUGGAAAGAUCUAUUUUAUCUGCCGCUCCUUCAGAAGAUCCUACUGCUAUAAUAAAUGCAGUGAGAUCUCUGGUCGUUGGACCUGCAAAACGUAAUUCAUGCUUAGACUCAGAAGUAGCCGGGACCAAUCCGCCUAGAAACUUGAAAGCGGGUUCUGGAUCAAGUGAUCCUCAUACACCAAGAGAGAUCUCUUGUCCCAUCUCUCCCUCUUUUCCUUAUAAAUCAUUGCAUACAAGUGGAAGGAUGUCGCCUCCAAUAUCUAGCCCUCGUACUGCAUCAGGCUCAUCUUCGCCCCUAACCAGUGGCGGCGGUGCUAUUCCAUAUCAUCAGACAAAACAAUCAAUAAUCUCCCAUGAAGUUUCGGGGAUGAUACAAAAGUCCCAUCAUGGUGUUAUUCCAAUAUCUAGCCCUCGUACUGCAUCUGGCUCAUCUUCUCCCCUAACCAGUAGCGGCGGUGCUAUUCCAUAUCAUCAGACAAAGCAAUCAAUAAUCUCUCAUGAAGUUUCGGGUAUGAUCCAAAAGUCCCAUCAUGGUGUUAUUCCAAUAUCUAGCCCUCGUACUGCGUCUGGCACAUCUUCACCACUAACCAGUGGCGGUGGUGCAAUUCCAUUUCAUCAGUCAAAGCAACAACUAUUCUCACAUGAAGUUGUGGGUAUGAGCCAAAAGUCUCAGAAUGGUGCCAUUCCAAUUUCUAGCCCUCGUACUGCAUCUAGCUCUUCUUCACCACUAACCGGCGGUGGAGGCGCUGAUCCUUUUCAUCAGACAAAGCAACCACUAUUCUCACACGAAGUUUUGAGUACGAUCCAAAAGUCUCAGAAUGGUGCUAUUCCAAUAUCUGGCCCUCGUACUGCAUCCGGCACAUAUUCGCCACUAACCAGCGGUGGAGGCGCUGUUCCAUUUCAUCAGACAAAGCAUCCACUAUUCUCACAUGAAGUUUCCGGUGUGAUUCAAAGGUCUCAGAAUGGUUGUGUUCCAAUAUCUAGCCCUCCAACUCCAUCUGGCUCAUCUUCGCCACUAACCUGUGGGGGAGGAGCUAUUCCGUUUCAUCAGACAAAGCAGCCACUGUUCUCACAUGAAGUUGUGGGUAUGACACAAAAGUCUCAGAAUGGUGCCAUUCCAAUAUCUAGCCCUCGUACUGCGUCUGGCUCAUCUUCACCACUGACCAGUGGCGGCGGUGCUAUUCCAUUUCAUCAGACAAAGCCACAACUAUUCUCAAAUGAACUUGUGGGUAUGAUCCAAAAGUCUCUGGAUGGUGCUAUUCCAACGGCUAGCCAUCGUACUGCAUCUGGCUCAUCGCCUCUGACCAGUGGUGGCAGUGCUAUUCCAUAUCUUCAGACAAGGCAAUCACAAAUAUCACAUGAAGUUGUUGGCAUGAACCAAAAUCCUCAGCAUGGUUUGUAUUCAUUUGGAAAUACCCCUCGUCAGGGUUCUCAGCAUGCGCAGUUUGGGAGAAACUUGCAAACUACACAUGCUUGCCGGGAUGUAGGUUCAUCUAACAAUAAUCAUUCUAGGAGGGCUGUCCAGGGAGACCCAAUAGAAUUUCGCGAUGGGAAAUCAUAUUUGGCUGAUUGCGUGUCACAACAGCUGUUGAGGGAUUAUGUACGGCUACAUGCAUGCCUGGAUCGUAAACCCGAUCCCCCAAAUCCUGAUCGCGCGAAUGGCUUAUGAUCUGCAUUCAGUGCUCAGAUGAUAGGCAUUAAAAUUUUGAAGGUUAGAGCAUUCGGUUAGUGUAAUAGCAUAAUCAUGUAGUGCAUUUGGGUAAAUCGUAAAUCUCAAUUUUGUUCGGAGUUCAAAAUCGAAUACCGUCUGAAGUCUGCGUCUCCUUGGAGGCGCAACAUUCAGUCUUA